GGUGUCCUGGAAGAAGAAUGUUUGCUAGGAGGUAGGUGUCCUGGGACAUGGUGGCAUUUGUUGUUGCUGACAAAAAUGAACCAUAUGUAACCUGGCCAAGGCUAAAACCUGCUGUGUCGCAUAUCAACUCCAACCACGAACGGAGAACAGAAAACCGGCCGCGCCGCAGCAACAGACUAAACAGACGCUGCUUUGGGCGUCUGCCGUCUCUUCUCCCGUCCCGCCUAUUCUUAGGCUCUCUACUACCUCCCCACCCGGCGUCGCGAUCCAUCACCGCGCGCAUUUCCUCCUCGCUCCCCGCCACCUCCUCUCUCCCCUCCAUUCUCUUGACCCAUGCACACGCGGGACGCGUAGCUUCGCCCUCGCCUCCUCCUCCCACGACGACGCGCACGGGCGUGCGUGCAUGCGGCGAGCGGUCACAGCCCCUCCGGCAACGGCAAGGCGACCACCGCCGUGCGCGUGAAAACACCGGCUCGGCUCGGCGCGGCACGUCUCGUCUCGUCUCGUCUCGUCGGACGACUUGCUCGAUCGGCGCCGCCCGCGUCCCCAUGGCGCGGCCGCGGCCGCAAGACCACCACACCGUCCGCGUCGCCUUCGCCUUCGCCUUCGCCGUCCUCCUGUCUCCGGCCGCGGAGGGCGACAAGGAGGGCGACGUGCUGAUCGCGUUCCGGGACACGCUGCGCGGGCCGGACGGCUCGCCGCCUGGCCGGCUGCGGAACUGGGGCACCCCGGGCCCGUGCCGGGGCAACUCCUCCUCCUGGUACGGCGUGUCGUGCCACGGCAACGGCUCCGUGCAGGGCCUGCAGCUGGAGCGGCUCGGCCUGGCGGGGAGCGCGCCCGACCUGGCCGUCCUCGCCGUGCUCCCGGGCCUGCGCGCGCUCAGCCUCUCCGACAACGCGCUCACAGGCGCGUUCCCCAACGUGUCCGCGCUCGCCGUGCUCAAGAUGCUCUACCUGUCACGGAACCGCCUGUCGGGCGCCAUCCCCGAGGGCACGUUCCACCCCAUGCGCGGACUCCGCAAGCUGCACCUCUCCAACAACGAGUUCUCCGGGCCCGUCCCGGAGUCCAUCACCUCGCCGCGCCUGCUGGAGCUGUCGCUCGCCAACAACCACUUCGAAGGCCCGCUGCCGGACUUCUCCCAGCCGGAGCUCAGGUUCGUCGACGUCUCCAACAACAACCUGUCUGGACCCAUUCCGGCAGGGCUCAGCCGUUUCAAUGCAAGCAUGUUCGCAGGCAACAAGCUCCUGUGCGGCAAACCACUGGAAGUGGAAUGCGACAGCUCGGGGUCGCCGCAGGGCGGCAUGUCGACCAUGAUGAAGAUCGCCAUCGCGCUCAUCAUCCUCGGCGUGCUGCUCUGCGCCACGGGCAUCGCUUCGGGCGCCCUCGGCCGCCGGAAAAGAAAGCCGAGGCGCGCGGCCGCCGAGAGGAUGGGCACCGGCGACCAGACGCCCUCCAACCCGAAGCUCAACACGGCGCCGGCCGUCAACAUCGAGAACGCCGCCAGCACCAGCCAGCCGCGCGCCGCUGCCGGCGCGGCCGGGGCCGGGGCCGGUGCCGCCGCAGCCGCCGGGAAGCGCCCGCGCCGCGACGAGCACGGGCGGCUGGUGUUCAUCCAGGAGGGCCGCACCCGGUUCGAGAUCGAGGACCUUCUCCGGGCGUCCGCCGAGGUGCUGGGCAGCGGCAACUUCGGGUCGUCGUACAAGGCGACGCUCUGCGAGGGCCCCGCCGUGGUUGUGAAGCGGUUCAAGGACAUGAACGGCGUCGGGCGGGAGGACUUCUCGGAGCACAUGCGCCGCCUCGGCCGCCUCGCCCACCCCAACCUCCUCCCGCUCGUCGCCUACCUCUACAAGAAGGAGGAGAAGCUCCUCGUCACCGAUUACAUCGUCAAUGGCAGCGUCGCGCAGCUCCUCCAUGGUAACAAAGGGUCGCUCUUGGACUGGGGGAAGCGUCUGCGGAUCAUCAAGGGUGCGGCGAGGGGGCUGGCGCACCUGUACGACGAGCUGCCGAUGCUGACGGUGCCGCACGGGCACCUCAAGUCGUCGAACGUGCUGCUGGACGGCGCGUUCGAGGCGGUGCUGUCGGACUACGCGCUGGUGCCCGUGGUGACGGCGCAGAUCGCGGCGCAGGUGAUGGUUGCGUACAAGGCGCCCGAGUGCAUCGCGCCGCAAGGGAAGCCGUCCAAGAAGAGCGACGUGUGGAGCCUGGGGAUCCUCAUCCUCGAGAUACUCACGGGCAAGUUCCCGGCGAACUACCUCCGGCAGGGGCGGCAGGGCAACGCCGACCUCGCCGGGUGGGUGCAGUCGGUCGUCACGGAGGAGCGCACCGGCGAGGUGUUCGACAAGGACAUCACGGGGGCCAGGGGCUGCGAGGCCGACAUGGUCAAGCUGCUCCAGGUCGGCCUGGCGUGCUGCGACGCCGACGUCGACCGGAGGUGGGACCUCAAGACGGUCAUCGCGCACAUCGACGAGAUCCGGGAGCCCGACGGCGCCGCUGCGGCCUCCGGCUCGACGUCGUCAUCGUCCUAGGCGAUCGAGUGUGUGUACUUGACCAAGCAAAUCCCACUGAUCGAUCAGCAAGUCGUCGACGUCGUGCAUGCGUGCAUGCCUCCGAGACGAGGAUUUACAUACAAUACGUGGCGUGGCGGCCAUGAGCGAGCAUGAAUGAGUCGAUCGGUCGUUGCUUAUUUGGUUCCACAAAUCAACUAACUAAAGUUGGAUGCGUUGGUCGUCGGCUGAUCGAUUUGAUGAACGAAUGCGUUUGAGAUGGGAUAAAUCAUGCAUGCAUGGUAAUACGCUUUCUGAUAUGUUCAUGGGAAAUUUCCGAUCGUGUAAAUUGGUUUAGCUUAAGAUUUAAUCUGUCACAGGAAAAGAGGUGCUAGUGUAUAGUGUGUAAGGUGCUUUAAAUUCGUCCGUCUUGUAAUUGUGUUUAAUUCGUACAAAUCCUUUCAUACUCAAUAUCUGCGGUUAGGAAUA